UGCGCGCACGCACAGCCGCGGGGCCGCGCCUUGCCCCGUGCGUGCGCGCUCCCGGCCCCCCCGCCUUCCCCUCUCUCUGUGUCCCUCUCUCUCCCUCUCUCCGCCGCGCUCGGCCGGCUCUGCCCCCCUUUGUGCGCGCUCCGAGCCGCCCCCCGCAUCGCCGACUCGCCAUGGCCGACGAGAAGCCCAAGGAAGGAGUGAAGACUGAAAACAAUGACCACAUUAAUCUGAAGGUGGCAGGGCAAGAUGGGUCUGUGGUGCAGUUUAAGAUUAAGAGGCACACACCACUUAGUAAACUAAUGAAAGCCUAUUGUGAACGACAGGGGUUGUCAAUGAGGCAAAUCAGAUUCCGGUUCGAUGGGCAGCCAAUUAAUGAAACAGACACACCUGCACAGUUGGAAAUGGAGGAUGAAGAUACAAUUGAUGUGUUCCAGCAGCAAACAGGAGGAGUUUACUAAAACAAACACACAAAAAAGAACCUGCUACUUUCCUCUCCAGAACUGUGCUCCCACAGGCGACACUUCACAAUUAGAAAAAUGAGACUUGGUUCAGCCACAUCCUGACUACUGCAGUAUAGUUUUCUCUCUUCUCUCUGAUUUUUUUUUCUUAUUCCUUUUAUUGUACAUAAAGUAACUGGUGAUGUGCACAGGCAUAAUGCAUAUUUUUUUUUAACUAAAUGGCCAAUGGUAUGUUUUGAUCAACAUUUAAUGGAGAUGGGGUGGGAAAACAAACUGGUUCUGUGAAAAUGCCCCUCUCUCCGUUAGUGGCAUGCUCCUUCUACUUUUACAGAAUCACAGAAUAAGCCGAGUUAUCUUUAUAUUCCAGUAAGUUAUUUUGCUCUCACUGUUCAAAAACAAAAACCUUGCAUACCUUGUUUGAUUGGAUAAUUUCAAUGUUUUUCUUUUAUCAUUGUAAAACCAAGGGCAAUUUUAUAACUUUUUUGUACGUAGCUGUUACAUGUAGAGCAAUCUCUGUCUAAGUAGGGGUAAAUUACUCUUUAAAAAAAAAAAAAGAAAAAAAAGUCCUAGAUAGUUUUCCCUUCAAGUAAAACGUCUUGUUGUUUAAAUAAACUUCUUGUUUAAAAUAA